UCUAUUAGUAUCUUCCUCUUCUGGUGUUCAUCCUGUCUCUUUGACACUCCUUAUAGAAAAAACACAAUCAAAGAAAUCAAAUAUUGCAUUCUAACUGUAGUAACUCCUCCAAUCCACUCCAGGUUGAUUCCACAUUUUCUGUCCAGCUCAAACGGGUUACACUGUUCUCUUGAGUACAUUGUUUACCACCAUCCCCUCCACCCCGCCCACCACUAUCUGCUCUUCCCCCUUCCAGCAAACUCGCUCCAGGAGCUGGAGAAGGAAACUCUGGAGUUGUUUUAUCUAUUCCACCCCCGCUGGCUGUCGGACAGACAUGCUUUCUGCAGAAACAACUUCUGUCCUCAUCUGGUUAUGGAAACCGGAAACCAACUUUUUACUGUUCAGGAUUAGAGACCCAUAUAAACUCACGCACUCAAGAGGUGCGCUCCCACACACACACACACACAAACACACACACAGACACAAAACACACACACGCACCACAUUCCGGACAUCAUGUUUCAGUGUGAGCGAGUAAUUCUGAACAGAGGGGGGGGUGUUUUUUUAAAAGGGGGGAGUGUUAGGAGAGAAGCGUGGAAGGGGAAGGACAGGACAGGCUCAGACUCUGGCAGACAAUGUUUGGAGGUUGUCCAUCGUAUACUGAGGCUUAGUCACUGUGGAAGCUACACAUCUCCUGUGUGUUUGUGUGGGUGUGUGUGUGUUAUCGAUCGGUUGAAAUCGGUUGGGGUGGAUUGACGCCUGUCUCCAAAGAACAGUUGAAAGUGUGGAUUACGCUUUUUAUUAUCUGGACCUUUCCGGUGCAUCCAAGUCAAGUCCCAAGGACGGGGCUCUAGCAGGCUGGUCUUAGGGGGUCCAGGGGAGGAGGGUCCUAACGGGGAGACCAACAUGGCUGGGGUGACCAGGAAGGGGUCUGGGAGACCCUCGUACUACUACCGUUUCCUGGGCAAGUCCCGCCUGCAGCGUCAACGAAGCCGAUCCCGGAGCCGCACCAGGCCGGCCGCCAACAAGGAGUCCCCCCCGGAGAGGACGGGGCGCAGACGGAGCAUGCCUGGCAGCCCCCUGGACAAGACCCCCGGCGCCAUGGAGACCACUUCCGCCGGCACCACCACGCCGUUCAGAGUCACCGUGAGUACUGUGAGUGUGUUUCAAAACGCACCGGCGCCUGGUCGUCAUAGUGACGCCAUUAUCAUCUACAUCCAUGUUCGCUCUCAUGACCCUCCGCUCUCACGCUCUCUGUUCUGUCUCCCUCCGCUCUCUCUGUCUCUCUUCACUCCCUCUGUCCCUCUUCAGUCUCUAUGUCUCCUUCCACUCUCUCUUUCUCCUUUCCCUCUCUGUCUCUCUCUGUCUCCCUUCUCUCUUUGUCUCCCUUCUCUCUCUGUCUCCCUUCACUCGCUGUGUCUCUCUUCACCCUAUCUGUCUCUUUCUGUCUCCCUUCUCUCUCUGUCUUCCUCCACUCUCUCGGUCUCCCUUCACUCUGUCUCCCUUCACUCUCUCUGUCUCCCUUCACUCUCUCUGUCUCCCUUCUGUCUCCCUUCACUCUCUCUGUCUCCCUUCUGUCUCCCUUCCCUCUCUCUGUCUCCCUUAUGUCUCUCUGUCUUCCUUCACUCUCUCUUUCUGCCUUCACUCACUCUGUCUCUCUUCACUCUGUCUCCCUUCUGUCUCCCUUCAUUCUCUCUGUCUCCCUUAUCAGUCGCUGUCUCCCUUCACCUUCUCUCUCUCCCCCAUCCCUGUCUCUGUAAGCUGUUUCUGUCUCCCUACGCUGUCUCUGUCUCCCUAAGCUGUCUCUGUCUCCCUAAGCUGUCUUUGUCUCCCAUAGCUGUCUCGGUCCGAGUAGGAGUUUUUCUCAUGAUCUAAGUUAAGAGCAAGUAAGAUCUCCUCAUGAUACAUCAUUGUGGUUAUCUCCUGUCUGCUGAUCUGGCUGCCAGGUGGACCUGUGCCAGACUGAAACUUACCCACUGAUGUUCCCAGUGGGUGCCUGGAUGUUGAGUACAGACACGCCAUGAAUCCAUGCUUUUAAGAUCCCAAUUUAGUGGGCAGUUUCCAUUGGCUCAGUUUCUUUUCUGUAGGAAUGAGAAGAGCGUCAAGACUGAACAACUUCCUCAUCUGCAGACAUGAUGAAUGUCUAAUCUAACGCUUUCAAUCGAUCUAUUUUGCUCUCUUUAUCUAUCCAUCUCAAUCUAUCUCUCUCUCGCUCUAUCUAUCUGUCCAUCACUCCAUCAAACUCACUUUUGACUCACUCUUGCUCAACAGCACACACAAGCAUGCACAUGAAUACACACACACAAAUACACAUGUACACACACACACACACACACACACACACACACACACACACACACACACACACACACACACACACACACACACACACACACACACACACACACACACACACACACACACACACACACACACACACAUUCCCUGGCAUAUUCCCAUCCACCAUCAGAUCUGAUUUCAAUCUGUAAAUUAAAGAAGCGGCAAAAUCUUUUAACUGAAAGAUUAGCCGUGCAAAUCUUAAUCAAUAACUCAUGUGAGUGUGGAAAUAAAAAUGAACCGUAGGUGAGCAGUUAACACCUGUGUUGGUGCAAAGCCAAACUCUGUCUGAAUUGCCUUACCCUUUCGCAUAAUAUAGCCACUCAGGGUAUAGUUUCUCAGAAGUACUCUCACAAAUCACAUGUUAUAUUAAUAUCUGAACAUCUGAUUGCAGACUAGCUAAAAUGUGGCUAAACAAGGUGUUUCUCUCUGUUUGACUUCAAACUUGUUUUUACCAAUCAUGUCGCUGGAAGCGGGGAUGUGUAAGUGCCUCACUGGCGAACACAAACUCUACCAGCAGUAGUAAACUGAAAAAGUGACAACACCGUGUAUACUGGCAACUGUAGAAAUGUGCUCGUUAAAAUCCCUUUCUAAAACCCACAAACGCAAAUUAGUUUCUCCUCAUUAGAAUAUCUCUGUGAUGAAACAGGCAACAAGCCUCUCGCUAUAUUGGGUUCCUGACCCGGGUUCUACAUCGCCUCCCCAAAAAGUUCUGCUAGAACUUUAAGACUGGAUCCCAGAUCCCUCAAAAGCAACAAACCACCCCACCUUAAAGGGGGGUAGGGUGUGUGUUCAAGCCGGUUUGAUGUGACUGGUUAAGAGCUAGAAUACUUUAAUUUCCUUCUUCUCACAGUGGCUAAUUUCCGCCUGAAUGCUAUUCCCUAAAAAUAGCUUCUCCUGGCUUCUCACUUCCUUGACGUUUGACUGCGGAAGCAUAUAUAUUUGGUUGUGGGUUUCCUGUGAAGGUAAUUGCCUAUCCUAAAUAUAAAUUACAAUAUACAGUAGCAGAGCGAAUGGUACCAGACCCCAUAUGGAGAGGAGUAUGAAGUCGAUUAAAAAGAGUUCAGGGAGGGUAAUGGUUUUCAAAAGCUUCUAAGAAUAACCACAUGAAAGAAGUAAUGGUCAUGUUAAACUACAGAAGUCUGUGUGUGUGUGUAUGGGGGGGGGGGGUAUUUAUGUGGUCUUUUGUCAAUUGUUUUUUAGUACUGAGCACAAAUCUAUGUGAAAGAAAAAUCUCAAGGACACAGUUUAUGAACAUAAUCCAUGGAGCAGGUUUCUGUGACAUAAGUCCAGACUGGUCUAAUAUAUGAUGACUCGCAGAAUAUUUUGUGAGUGCAAGGCUAUUGUACAAUGCAUUGGCGAUGAUGCCCCCACCAGCCUGAACCUGGCUUUAAUUGUGCAGAAAGGAAAACAAUUGUACCUGGUUGGAGAGUCAGUGGAUUAAAAAAAAUAGACAAUGCUUCUUUGCUUCUCUUGUCAGUUGACCCUCCCUCCCUUACCUCAGAAAAGGGUCCCUUACCUAGCCCAGUGGUUCUGCUUUGGCCCGCACACUUCCUGAUUCAAAUCACACUGCUUGGAAAUGAAUGCUUAUUUUAAUGAUAAUCCGACAGACAUAACGCCCAGUGAGUCUGUCUCUGUUCAACAAGAGAUUGGUAUGAAGAUUGAGGCCCCCAUCUGUGAUGUGCUGGUGUUGAAGCCAUCAGAACUGCUCGUUGCUUGAUCAUGAUUGGGCUUACAUUAAAAAAAAAAACAUAACUGAACUGUCUUAUGUAAACCCGGCUGAAUCGUCCACCAGAUAUAGAGCAUCCUCUUAAAGGACGCUACAAUAGGAUUUUCGUGAGGAAAAGGAAGGAUUAGUUGAAAGCUUUUGUUUGUCCGUCACGUAAUACUUCUAUUGUUAUGCAUACAGCAUGUAUUAUACACAUAUAGCAUUUCUGAAGAUUGGUGACUCAUUUCUGCCUGGCCCAGCCCACGUACUGCCAUCUUCUGACCUCUGGUGGUAC